AUGAUUCAACAAGAUCCGUCAUCUUCAGAGCAAAAUCAACAACAACAACAUCACCACAAUGAUGAAAAUGUUCCGAAAACAAAACAACGAAAAUUAAGUAUUCGAGAAGUCGAAGAGAGACACACAUUCAGAAUUGCCUCUUUCAAUGUAGAAAACUUGUAUGGUAGAUAUUGCUUUAACAAGGCACAAAUGGCAAAGAUAUCCAAGCAAUGUUUGGGACGCAAAGGAAGUCUUGAAUUUGGUGUCAAUGAUGUACAAACUAAUUUAACUAUUGCUGAUGAAGAUAGUAAAAGAAUUACAGCUGAAGCAAUAAAACAAGUGAAUGCAGAUGUGAUUUGUUUGAUGGAGGUGGAAUCUUUGCAAGUAUUGGACUCGUUCAAUGAAAAAUAUUUACAAUCAAUGAAUUAUGCCUAUUCAAUUUUAAUAGAUGGAAGAGAUCCUCGUAGUAUUGAUGUUGGAGUUUUAUCAAGAUAUCCAAUUGUAAAUAUUCGUUCAAAUAGACAUGCUACCUAUCCAGGUGAAAAGACCAGAUACAUUUUCUCAAGAGAUUUACUUGAAUUGGAUAUUGAAUUUCCAGGAAAUAAUAAUUUGACAAUUUAUGCAACUCAUUUGACAUCUAUGAGUAAGGGAAGAGAAGAAUCAAAAGAUAGAAGACUUGUACAAGUUGAUUAUAUUUGUGAUAGAAUUGAAAAAUCUUGGAAAGAUAAGAAUUAUAAGGGAAAUUUCAUUGUUUUGGGUGAUAUGAAUGACUAUAAUGAUUCUGAAACAAGUUUAGGAAAAUUAUUGAAACAUGACCACAUGGCUGACAUUAUUUCACAAAGAUUGCCAUCUGAUGAACAAUGGACUCACUAUUACAAUAGAGGUAAUGCUUACAAUCAACUUGAUUACAUGUUUAUUUCAAAACAUUUACUUCUUAGAAACCCAAGAGCUAAACCAGUUAUCUUCAGAAAGGGUCUCCCAAAAAGAGCCCAUUCUUUCACUGGAAAAAGAAUUAAGGGUGUUGGCCAAAAUGAACCAAAGGCCUCAGAUCAUUGUCCAGUCUAUGUCGACCUAUCAUUUGACUAG